CCUCAAUAGAACACUUGAAAUUUUUCUCUCGCAUCCAUCACUUCUCUCAUCGAAACCGUUUUCAAAUCUGUGAAAAUUUUCAUCAAUGGCGGGUAGAGGUAAAACACUCGGUUCCAGCACUCCUAAGAAGUCGACCUCAAGAAGCAACAAGGCCGGCCUCCAGUUCCCCGUUGGCCGUAUCGCCCGUUUCCUCAAGGCUGGCAAAUACGCCGAGCGUGUCGGCGCUGGUGCUCCGGUAUACCUCGCUGCCGUCCUGGAAUAUCUCGCCGCUGAGGUUCUUGAAUUGGCUGGAAAUGCUGCAAGGGACAACAAGAAGACUAGAAUUGUGCCAAGACAUAUUCAAUUGGCUGUUAGGAACGAUGAAGAAUUGAGCAAGCUUCUUGGUGAUGUUACCAUUGCCAAUGGUGGUGUGAUGCCCAAUAUUCACAACCUGUUGCUUCCAAAGAAAGCUGGCUCCUCCAAGGGUGCUGGUGACGAUGAAUGAUUCUUUGAUAAAAAGUUGAUUUCGUUAAUGGGUUUACAGUGCCUGUUUCGUUUCAUUUUUUUGUUAGAGGCUGAUCGUUCAGAUAUGUAGGUUCUGUUAGUUGUUCUGUUAGUCAUGUGAAUACAUUGGUUUCAGUUUGUUCCUUUUGAUGAGAUUUGGUUAAACUUUAUAAAAUUUAUCCCUUUACUA